GGGGCAUGCGGCGCGGCCCGCGCGCCUGAGCCAUGGGGACGCAGGGCAGCCCGGUCAAGAGCUACGACUACCUGCUCAAGUUCCUGCUCGUGGGCGACAGCGACGUGGGCAAGGGCGAGAUCCUGGAGAGCCUGCAGGACGGCGCGGCCGAGUCCCCGUACGCCUACAGCAACGGCAUCGACUACAAGACCACCACCAUCCUGCUGGACGGCCGGCGGGUCAAGCUGGAGCUCUGGGACACGUCGGGUCAGGGCCGGUUCUGCACCAUCUUCAGGUCCUACUCCCGGGGCGCGCAGGGCAUCCUCCUGGUCUACGACAUCACCAACCGCUGGUCCUUCGAUGGCAUCGACCGGUGGAUCAAGGAGAUUGACGAGCACGCUCCCGGGGUGCCCCGCAUCCUGGUGGGCAACCGGCUGCACCUGGCCUUCAAGCGGCAAGUGCCGACGGAGCAGGCGCGCGCCUACGCGGAGAAGAACUGCAUGACCUUCUUCGAGGUCAGCCCGCUGUGCAACUUCAACGUGACCGAGUCCUUCACCGAGCUGUCGCGCAUCGUGCUCAUGCGGCACGGCAUGGAGAAGAUCUGGAGGCCCAACCGAGUCUUCAGCCUGCAGGACCUGUGCUGCCGGGCCAUCGUGUCCUGCACGCCCGUGCACCUCAUCGACAAGCUGCCGCUGCCCGUCACCAUCAAGAGCCACCUCAAGUCCUUCUCCAUGGCCAACGGCAUGAACGCCGUCAUGAUGCACGGCCGCUCCUACUCGCUGGCCGGCGCGGCGGCAGGCGGCGGCAGCAAGGGCAACAGCCUCAAGCGCUCCAAGUCCAUCCGUCCCCCCCAGAGCCCCCCCCAGAACUGCUCGCGGAGCAACUGCAAGAUCUCCUAGCAGGCCGGCCCCCCGGCCCCCGCGCCCCACCAGGCGCCCCUUCCGCGGCCUGGGGUGGCAGGGAGCCCGGGGGCUGCCGGGCUGUGGGGACAGCUGGGACACGGGGGCAGCCUCUGAGGCCGAGGGCACUGGGCCUGCAGGACACCGUCCCUGCCUGCCAGGAGCUGUGUCCCCGCCCUGCACCUGGACCAGAGGACGCGGCGCUGGCGGCUACCUCCUUCCUGCCAGCGGCCGCGAGUGCCCUAACCGGGUGUGGCCGCGCCCCCCCAGCGGCCUCCUCUGCGCAGCCCCCCCCCGAGCCCUGCCCACCUCAGCGAAGCCCUGGUGCUGGGGUGGCACCGGAUCCCGGCCACCUGGAGCUGCACCCCGGCCAUCUCGGCUCCGGCGCAGGGCCCGUGGUGGGCGUCACCGGCCCCACCCGCCCACGGACUUCCCUGGACUUCGGACCCUACCUGGGCUGCAUGGAGGCCCAGGCCGCCCCCAGCGCUGCUCUCCCUGCUGUCCGCCCGGCCUGGCUGGGCUCCCUGGACGGUUCUUGUUUGUACAGUAAAGUGAUUCCGCUGUGUCCGGCGCGCGGCGUCCAUGGUCCUAUGU